AGUUUUUAAAAAUGUCCCCAUAUAUUAGAUAUGUGUAUAUAUUUUCUAAAUAGAAAUGUUCUAUAGAAUAAUCAUUUUCAAAUGAAUUCUUAUUUUAAGUUCACAAAAAGCCAUUACAAGAAAUGGAAAUAGCAGCAAUUACACAUGGUGCUCUCCGGGGAUUAGCCUACUUACAUUCUCAUGCCAUGAUCCAUAGAGAUAUCAAAGCAGCAAAUAUCCUUCUGACAGAACAAGGCCAGGUGAAACUUGCUGACUUUGGAUUGGCUUCCAUGGUCUCUCCUGCCAGUUCUUUUGUGGGAACGCCGUAUUGGAUGGCCCCAGAAGUAAUUUUAGCCAAGGAUGAAGAACAACAAUAUGAUAGCAAAGUAGAUGUAUGGUCUCUUGGAAUAACAUGUAUUGAACUAGCGGAAAUGAAGCCUCCUUUAUGGAGUAAUAGUUCAGUAAGUGUCUUCAGUCACAUAAUCAGAAGUGAAUCCCCUACACUACAGUCUACUGAAUGGUCUUAUCAUUUUCGACACUUUGUAGAUUCUUGCCUCCAGAAAAUCCCUCAAGAUCGCCCUACAUCACAGAAACUUUUAAUGGUCAGUUAUACUCUGUUUUGUACACCUAAGAAAUUUUGGCCAACAAAGCACAUGUUUGUUCUUCGGGAGCGCUGUGAAACAGUGUUAAUAGAUCUAAUUCAAAGAACAAAGGUGCUUUCCCAGGAGGCACAUAAUGGACCAUCAGUAGAGUCACAGGAAGAAGAGGAACUAGAUUACUGUGUUGGAUGGAAAGGGACAGUGAACAGUGUUGAGAGUCAUCAGUCUGUUCCCAGUAUGUCCAGCGGGGCCAGUAGCCAAAGCACUAGUGUCAACAGUUUUCCAGAUGCCUCCAGUGACGAGAGAGAACUAGACAUGAUGGAGGGAUACCACACAGUCACGCCUAGUAGUUCUGCCAUCCAUUUAAAACCCGCUAAAGGGAUGUCCAAGGAGGAGGAAAAAUUUAAGCAACAUCUUCAGGCCCAGCAGAAGAAAGAACUGAACAGCUUUUUGAAGUCCCAGAAGAGAGAAUAUAAACUUCAAAAGGAACAGCUUAAGAAGGUGCUUAAUGUAAACCAGAGCAGCCCAAGGAAAGAAGAACAGGAAUGGCUGUCAAAGCAGAUAGAGAACGUCCAGCAUUCCCAGGCAGAGGAGAAGACUGAUCUUCUUCACCAUCAGAGACAGCACCUCGGGCUGCAAUGCCGUCGCUUCCAAAGAAACAUAUUACUUGGGUGCUGUAACUUGGAGCAGGAUCUUGUCAUGGAGGAGUUAAAUAAUAGGCAGACUCAAAUGGACUUGGAGCAUGCAACGCUCCUGCGUCAUCAUGAAUCCAUGCAAGAACUGGAGUUCCGCCAGCUCAACACAAGGCAGAAGAUGCGCUGUGAGCUGAUCAGGUUGCAGCAUCAAGCCGAGCUCACUAACCAGCUGGAGCAUAACAAACGGAGAGAACGAGAACUAAGGCGAAAGCAUGCCAUGGAGGUUCGACGACAGUCUAAGAGUCUGAAGGAAUUAAAUAAGAGGCAGACUCACAAGGUCUUGGAGCAUGCGAUGCUGCUUCGACAUCAUGAAUCCACGCAAGAACUGGAGUUCCGCCAGCUCAACACAAUGCAGAAGAUGGGCUGUGAGCUGAUUAGAUUGCAGCAACAAGCCGAGCUCACUAACCAGCUGGAGCAUAAUAAACGGAGAGAACGAGAACUAAGGCGAAAGCAUGUCAUGGAGGUUCGACAACAGUCUAAGACUCUGAAGUCUAAAAAACUCCAAAUCAAAAAGCAGUUCCAGGACACCUGCAAAAUCCAAACCAGACAAUACAAAGCUUUAAGAAAACACUUACGGGAAUCUACACCAAAGAGUGAGCGCAAAGCUGUUCUGAAACGGCUUAAGGAGGAGCAGACCCGGAAGUUAGCCAUCUUAGCUGAGCAGUGUGACCACAGCAUUCGUGAAAUGCUCUCCACUCAAGCCCUGCGUUUGGAUGAAGCACAGGAGGCAGAGUGCCAGGUUUUGAAAAUGCAGCUGCAGCAGGAACUGGAGCUGCUGAAUGCAUAUCACCGCAAAAUCAAAAUGCAGGCUGAGGCACAAGAUGAUCGAGAGCUUCGGGAGCUUGAACAGAGGGUCUCCUACCGCAGGGCACUCAUACAACAACAGGUAUAA